AUGCCAACGCUGCGGGACAGCACCAUGUCCCACCCCGGCGACAAUCCUCACCAGGUCCGGGUGAAAGCCUACUACAAAGGUGACAUCAUGAUUAACCACUUUGAGCCGUCCAUCUCCUUCGACUGGCUGCAGACCAAAGUGCGGGACAUGUGUUGCAUGGACAACGACCAGCAGUUCACCAUGAAGUGGAUCGAUGAGGAGGGGGACCCCUGCACGGUGUCAUCUCAGCUGGAACUGGAGGAGGCUCUGCGUCUCUACGAGCUCAACAAAGACUCGGAGCUCAUCAUCCACGUGUUCCCCUGUGUGCCUGAGAAGCCGGGAAUGCCGUGUCCAGGGGAGGACAAGUCCAUCUACCGGCGCGGGGCCCGGCGCUGGAGGAAGCUGUACUGUGCCAGUGGACAUACCUUCCAGGCCAAGAGAUUCAACAGGCGAGCGCACUGUGCCAUCUGCACAGACCGGAUUUGGGGCCUGGGGCGGCAGGGCUACAAGUGCAUCAACUGCAAGCUGCUGGUCCACAAGAAGUGCCACAAGCUGGUGACGGUGGAGUGCGGUCGGCAGGUGAUCCAGGAACCAGUGAUAGCACCAGUGGUUCCAGCAGGUACCCCCUCAGAUCACCUCGAUCCAGUGAUUCCUUACAAAUCCUCCUGCGAGAGUCUGGACCACGUCGGGGAGGAGAAGGAGGCCAUGAACAGGCGGGAGAGCGGGAAGGCGGGCUCCAGCCUGGGCCUUGCCGACUUCGACCUGCUGCGGGUGAUCGGGCGCGGCAGCUACGCCAAGGUGCUGCUGGUGCAGCUCAAGAGGACGGAGCGCAUCUACGCCAUGAAGGUGGUGAAGAAGGAGCUGGUCAACGACGACGAGGACAUUGACUGGGUGCAGACAGAGAAGCACGUGUUUGAGCAGGCCUCCAACCAUCCCUUCCUAGUGGGGCUGCACUCCUGCUUCCAGACCGAGAGCAGACUCUUCUUCGUCAUUGAGUAUGUGAACGGUGGAGACCUGAUGUUCCACAUGCAGAGGCAGCGGAAGCUUCCGGAGGAGCACGCGAGGUUUUAUUCGGCAGAAAUAAGCCUGGCCCUGAACUACCUGCACGAGCGAGGCAUCAUCUACAGAGACCUGAAGCUGGACAACGUUUUACUGGAGUCCGAAGGGCACAUCAAGCUCACUGACUAUGGCAUGUGCAAGGAGGGACUAAGGCCUGGAGACACCACCAGCACCUUCUGCGGGACGCCCAAUUACAUCGCCCCCGAGAUCCUGAGGGGAGAGGACUACGGUUUCAGUGUGGACUGGUGGGCGCUGGGUGUGCUGAUGUUUGAGAUGAUGGCAGGCCGCUCUCCGUUCGACAUCGUGGGCAGCUCCGACAACCCUGACCAGAACACAGAGGACUACCUGUUCCAAGUCAUACUGGAGAAACAGAUCCGAAUCCCCAGGUCCCUGUCCGUCAAAGCUGCCAGUGUCCUCAAGGGCUUCCUCAACAAGGAUCCUAAGGAGCGUCUGGGCUGCCACCCUCAGACUGGAUUUGCUGACAUCAUGGGUCAUCACUUCUUCCGCAGUGUGGACUGGGAGCUGAUGGAGCAGAAGCAGGUGGUUCCGCCAUUCAAGCCUAACAUCUCCGGGGAGUUCGGCCUGGACAACUUUGACGCCCAGUUUACCAACGAGCCCAUCCAGCUCACGCCUGACGACGAGGACGCGGUCAGGAAGAUCGAUCAGUCAGAGUUCGAAGGCUUCGAGUACAUCAACCCCCUGCUGAUGUCGGCAGAGGAGUGCGUGUGAGGGAGGGGGCGGGCAUGGCCGCGGCGUGGAGCCCGCGAACGACCCCACCGCUGCCCGGAGAGUGAGCUGGUCGCCGCCCAGAGAUCUCAUCACUCCCCUGCUUUAGAAAUAAACUCUCUCAAACACAGCUGGGUGUCAGCUCUUAAAAACAUUGCCAAACCUCUUUUGCUCGGCCGUUGAUAAUCAGAAGUCCUUAAUGUGUUCUUUUUAUUUUCAAAUAAUGUAACCGGCCACUGUCUCACAGUACAGUGACUGUAUGACCUUGCAGUGACUUUGCAGGUAUUUUUGAGGGUACGGGACACAGGAAAUAGUCAUAUAAGACAGAAUCUCAAGUUUGUUCUUUGCAGGAUGUGUAUGCAUGUAUAUUUGUAUAUAUAGAACAUAGCUUAUUACAGUAAGGGAAGAUGUGUCAGUUUAGCCCACUACCACUGUCUACCACUUCCACUGUGAGGGGUGAAACAUGUACUCGCCAGCUUUCGUUAUUUUAAAAUGAGUGUAAAGCGUCUUGCUUUAUAUAAUGAGUAUGGGUUCUGGGCAGGGUGGGGCGGGGGUUAGGGGGUCGCCUCUGACGUUAAAAGGGACCAAAGACUUUUUGGAGGUCAGAAAGAAGAAAAUGGCAUUGGCGGUUGUACCUGUGGAUGUUUCAGGGAGGAUGUUGCACAAUCCAAAGGGAGACUACCCUGGUUAGCAGCUGCAUGCGUGUGGAUGGUUUCCCAUCUCCUCCUCUUAUUUGCUUUACAGUUCAUUGCCUUAGUGCUGCCCUUUGUAAUAUUCAGCGCUCAUUGAAAGUUUCCUGUUGUUACUCACCUGCAGACAUGGUGGUGGCCAUUGGAACUGAGCAGGUUCUGAUUUUAAUUGCCCUGUGUGUUCUGAGAACUGUCCGCCUUGACCUUUUCUUAUUUCUUCUGAUGAUGAGAUCCCCCCAGAUCUCUAAAGAGGAGAACAGAGAGCUGUUAGUUAUUGCUCUUUUCUUCUGAUGUUUUUUUUUUUUUGCUGUGGAGCUGCAGUUAGGAUGUGUUCGGUGUCUGGGCAGUUCUCCUCUGUCCUUGUGUCGGCACGGACCCGUUAUCGGCACUGUUACCCUCACGGAUCUACAAGACGAGUCAGUAGGCCAUGUGACCCUGUGGUUUCAGUCAUCAUCUGCUUUGAAGCCGAGGAGGUGCACUUCGCCAUCACAGGUGGAAGGAAACAGCCGGGGCAGUCAGGAGCGCCUUGGCAUGUAGUGUUUCUUCCUGGGACUUCCUCCGGACAGCAGCGUGCAGUGUGCUGUAGUCCAACAGCUGUGAUUUCUGGGUAAUGCAGUCUUUCUAUUACACCCAGCCCCCUCCAUCCCAUGCUCCUCUGGGGCAGCUUAGUCAGCCCCUCCCAGGCAUGUGACCAGGCUGCUGGGGGGGGGCUGACCCUGAACUUGUGCCAUAAAUGCUCUCCACUCCUAAAUGAUUAAACAGCGAGUUAAGCCUGAAUGAUGAAGCAUGAGCCGAAGCCUAAAGACCUUUUGUCCUGCAUGCGAAUCCACAUUUUGGUCAGUAAAUGCUGUUUAAGUGAAACACAGUUAGCUGGGAAAGCUUUGGGUUGGGGUGUGUUUUUUUUAGUUAAUUUGUUUGUUUGCAAACUACUUCCUUUUUUUCACAAAUGUGGGAAAAGCAUGGGACCACAGUAGGGUGAUGUGAAUUUAUAACCCUUUUAUGACUUGCGUUCUGUUCUGUUUUUAGUUUCAUUUACGUACUGUUACAGAGUUCACAAACACUACAUUAUUUUUUUAUUAUUAUUAUAGUUGGGGGGAAAAGGCUGUUUAGUGAAAAAGCUGUUGGUUAUGGGGUACUAAUAAAAAAAAAUAAAAUGAAGAG